GUGAACGCAGCAUGGUGCACAGUGCGCAUGCGCACAGCAGGUUGUAAACAAUGAGCCCAGACUAUCAGACCGUCCUCCAGCUUUUUGUCCAACAAUGUACUUGUGUGCUGUGUCCAACUACUCAGAGCUCAUCCCCACGCACCAAACAUGUGCCUCUGGAGCUGAAGUAUGGAUGCAGUUCUGACCAGGCUGAAGGAGCUGACCGCUGAUCAACUGCGUGAGGAAUUUGCCCGAGCAGACCUGAAGUGCGGCCCCAUUACCGCCACCACUCGAGCCAUCUUUGAGAGGAAACUGGCCCGAGCGCUCGCCGGUCCGGAAAGGAGUACCACCGACUCGGACGACGGCUCGUCCGCCAGGGGCGCCGAUGACUUGGCUUCAGUGGGCGACCAUGUCAUACCUUUACCGUGUGCCAAAUCAACCGAUGCAGUAAGCAGGAGCUCAAAUGAGGAGCUGGACUUCGGCUAUGGUGUGGGUCUCAACCCGCCAGAGGAAGACCAGAUCUCAGCAGGGGCUUGCAACAGCUCCAGUUGUCAACCCGCAAUGGAAUCUACUUCAAGAGACGCACAAGUGCCCCCAGCUUUUUACUAUGGAGUAUGUCCUCUGUGGGAGGAUAUUUUAUCUCGGAAUGAGCGAUCACUUGUCUACACGGACAAAAAAGACGCCCUUCAGGCUGUGAAAGUGAUGAAGGGCGCACGCUUUAAAGCUUUUUCCAACCGUGAGGAUGCUGAGAAGUUUGCCAAAGGGAUGUGUGACUACUUCCCCUCGACUAGCAAAUCUACAGCAUGCGUGUCUCCUGUAAAACCCGGCCAGGUCUUCAAUAAAGACAACAUGGAGGUGGACACCAUUAACCGGGAGCGGGCCAACAGUUUUAAGAGCCCACGCACACAGGACCUAACGACCAAGCUGAGAAAACCUGCAGAGAAGGGAGAUGAGGCAGCCUUCAGUGAGCUGGUCUGGAGCAACCCACGCUAUCUCAUUGGCUCAGGCGACAACCCCACUAUUGUGCAGGAGGGCUGCAGGUAUAACGCAAUGCACGUGGCGGCCAAGGAAAACCAGGCGGGCAUCGCCCAGCUACUGCUGGACACCUUGGAGAACCCAGAGUUCAUGCGCCUCAUGUACCCGGACGAUGACGAAAGCAUGCUGCAGAAACGCAUUCGUUAUAUUGUGGAUCUUUACCUCAACACUCCAGAUAAGGCCGGUUUUGAAACACCACUCCACUUUGCCUGCAAGUUCGGGUGUCCGGAGGUGGUCAAUGUCCUGUGUUCGCAUCCAGAUACUGAUAAGAACAGGAAGAACAAAGAUGACUUGAAGCCUUGUGAUAUUAUCUGUAGCAGAAAGAGCCAAACCCCGGAGGUGAAGCAGAAAAUAAGUGAUUAUUUAGAAGACCGCUGCUACGUCCCCUUGCUGAGGGCAGCAGACAACACCUCUCAACCCAUCAUUGGUUCCUUGUGGUCUCCUGAAUCCUCAGAAAGACUCUCACUGAUCCAACGACACACAAAAAGUCCAAUGGAUCCACUGAUGACUGUCACAGCCUUUGCCGGCCCACUCAGUCCUUCCAAGGCGGAUGACUUUCGCCGCUCCUGGAAAACUCCACCUCGAAAUCGAGGACCGCAUUUCCAUAACAUUUUGAAGUCGGACCCCGACCGUGGAGCAGAGCGAGUUGGCAGAGACCUGGCUCAUGAGCUGGGUCACCCCUGGGCCGAGUAUUGGGAUUUUCUUGACAGUUUUGUCGAUCUGUCGUCCACCGAGGGACUUCACAAGAUGGAAGAAUACCUGAGCAAGAGGGAUUUCUGCCCACGGACUCGGGAAGAAGCGGAGAACGAGAACAGCAACAGAUUUCGAACCCCCUCCCCAGGCAAGCUCAAGAAGUUCUGCAACUCCAUCUCCGUGGGGGCCUUCCUGGACGAGGGGGAGGACAUCAGCUUGGAGGAAAUGAAGAACCGGCAGAACGCGGCGCUCACCAGCAUCACCUCCUCCGCCGCCGCCGCCAGCGACAGCCUGAAGGGAGCGGUGGGAGGUCACGACUUCCGCAUCUUGCCCAUGGCGCCACUGUACCGGGGCGCCGACCUGAUCGAGACCGCGGCCGAGCGGGACCCGCUGUGUUGCUGCGACGACGGCCUCCUGUCUCCCGGCGCCGUCUGCCAAAACCAGGUGUGCGCCUCCUCCAGAGAGCGGACGCUCAACGGCGAUGAGAUGUUUCCUCAAAGCUCCCAGUCUUCCUGCGGCCUGCUGUCGCCCGUCUCCAACCUCAUGGUGGAGUUUGAGCGCAUGUCGCUGCAAGAACCGUCGGACGCCGACUUAAGCACCGACCUGAGCUCCGGGCCGAGUCUUGGUCACGGCAGCCCGAGCAGGGAGGUCCUGAAGGGGGGAGGAGGUGCGGAGGAGAGGCCCAGCAGCAGCAGCAGCAGCAGCAGCAGCAGCUCAGAGGAGUUCUUCCAGGCGGAGGACGGGAGCUCGGACAUAACGAGCAGGACAAGGGGGGCCAACGUCUGCGCCAGAUCCAAAUCCUGGGACCACGGGGGGAGGGACCUGAGCAGCUCGGGGUCGUCUACGUCUUCGUACAAGUCCUUGGACAACUCCCAUGAGUUCCUGCCGAGGACCCCGCCUCACGUCCGGAAAGGACUCUUCAUCAUGGGAGCGUCUCCGAGCAAGUUGGACAGGCAGGUGUUGUCGGCCCUGGAAGGUGUGGAGGUGGAGUCUCAGACGUAUCCCAGCAUUCACAAGUGGAUGAGCACAAUAAAGUCCUUCUCUGCCUCAGACAUGCAAAGCUGGCCGAGCCCCGCGGUGGGAAGACCGGGUCUCGGGAUGCAACAUCAGACUCCGGGCUCCCCGGCGCCAAGCGGCCCCAUGUCUCCCUCGGCCCGUUCAAGUCCCGCCUUCCAUUCGGCCUCGCCGGACUUCAGCCCGAGCCGCUUCAGCCCCGCCAACGCCGGCUACAUGCAACGUAUCCUCCUCAAGCACUUGAACCAGCCCUCGGUCUGACUUCACAGACUGGAAUAAGACGCAAGAUUACAAAAAGAGAUGAGCAUAUGUAAAUGUGUGUGGUUAUUUGUGACAAGUGUGUAUCGGAACUCAAGUCAACAUUUUUGGAUGUUAUGAACAUGAGCCACACUUCAGUGUGACUUCAACAUAUCCUUAAAUUAAUAUUUUAAGAGUUAUUUUUUUGUAUGUUGGUCAGUAGCACAAAGGUUUUUUUUUUAAAUGAAAAAGGCGUUAAACCGACUGCCAUUUUCCUGCAUUUCCUCUGUUCAGGAUUUGCCUUAAUUUCCUGAACUGAAGGAUUAUUUUGGUCCGACUACAAGAACAUCUGAAGACUAACAUUGAAUUGUGUGCUUUUAGUUAGUUGUUCUGAAUGUAACUUUUUGCUGGAGCCGACCUUUCUCAGAGAGCACAAACAACUUAGCUGAGAUCGUGCCGUCACGCGUGCUCUCAGGUGACAACUCUGCUCACGGGAAAUGUUUCUCGGUGUGCAAAAAAAAUGCACCUAAAACUUACAACCAUUGCUUCUUUUUGUUGCAUUGAUCAACUUUUAAUGGUGGGGAUUCUUUUCCUGUUAUGUCAAAAAGUUGCUUUACGAGUAGUCAAUAAAACUUCACUACUUUA